GCUCUGCUGCUGCCGGCGGUGAGUUUAAAGAGUCUCGGUUGGAGGGCUGCUGCAGUAAAAACAGGCAGCUUCUUUAUGUGCAGUUAUCUAAGUAUUAAUAUUGCACAUUUAGGUUUGAACUGCGAUGCCAAAACACAGCAUGCCACUGCAGAAUCUGCCCUGCUUGAGUCUUCAGGGCUCCAUGUUGUCUCAGUCCAAGAAGAUCAACAAACGUAAGUCCAGAGACUGCUGUCUCAGUGAGGGCCUGGACAUGGAAUGCACCCCAACAGAGUUCAUCCAGCAAUGGUCACCUCACCACAAGCACCAGCGGCUCAUCAGCAAGGGGAAAGAGAAUAACAGCAACCAGUUUGUCCUUGCCAGGAGAUCAAGGAGGAAAAAAGAAUCCACAUCAUGCAUUUCAUGGGACCACCUACCCGACGAGCUGCUUCUCAGGAUCCUCUUCUAUAUCCCUCUGCAAGACCUCCUCAGCAUGUCCAUCGUUUGCAAGCGCUGGCAUCGUUUAGCUUUUGAUGAGUCUCUGUGGCACAGCGUGGAUCUGGAGGGGUUGACUCAAAUGGGUCCAGCUCUGCAGCAGGUGCUGAAGAACGGAGUCCGCAUGUUGCGCUGCCCUCGCUCCUUUGUGGAAGAGCUGCACUUCACAGUCACAGGCCCUCUGCAGAUCGUUCGAAUGGAUCUUUCCAGCUCAAUCAUUCCCACCUCAUCUCUGGAGAGCAUCAUCUGUCACUGCAGGCUGCUGGAGUAUCUGAGCCUGGAGGGUCUGCAGCUGUCAGACACCAUCAUCAGCUCUCUGUCCAUGAACCCAAACCUUCUGCAGCUCAACCUGAGUGGCUGCUCCGGCUUCUCUGCUCCGCCUCUGGCUGACAUGCUCAAAUCCUGCACCAGGAUAGAGCAGCUGAACAUAUCGUGGUGCGACUUCAACAAUAAUCAUGUGAAGAGUGUUGUUAAUAAUGUAAGCUCCAGUGUUACUCACCUCAACCUCAGCGGAUACAGAGAGAGCCUCACGCUAGACGAUGUGAAGGUGCUGGUGACCAGAUGCUCCCAUAUUCAAGCGCUAGAUUUAAGUGACAGUACUCUGCUGAUGGCCGACAGCUUCCCUGUCCUCAAACAGCUGAAGGAUCUGCUGCAUCUCUCCCUGAGUCGCUGCUAUCACAUUCACCUUGCUGCUCUCACUGACUUGGGCACGACGUUCCCCAUGCUGAGCCUGCUGGAUGUGUUUGGCAUCGUAAAUGGCAGCCACCUGUCCUCUCUGAAGAAGGAGAUGCCUCGUGUCAGCAUCAAUUCCAGGCCGUUCUCCAGCAUCGCCCGGCCCACGCCCGUCACCAGGCCCAUCGGCAACUUCAUGUGGAACAAAAAGUGUCAACUGAGGUUCAAAGUGUAACCGCCACACCUCCAUGUUAUUAAGCUGAGUUACUUUCUGUUGUGGAGUGUUUGAUCCUGCAGUAUUCCAACGCACAUGCAGGGAGUCCAGCCCUCUGUGCUCUGAUGGUUUCAGAGUUUCUUGCUGCUCCAGAUGUUUUUAGUGUUUUCUGGAUUUUAAGGAUACUAUAGGUCACAUACAUAGGGGCUGUGAGUACUGAACAUACAAGUGUAGACAAAUGUAAUACUUUAUUUAGGAAAGUCAGAAUCUUGAUGUUGAAUCCAGUUCUUGUUGGAAUGUUAACACAAACUUUUAAUGGAUUUUUGAAUCAGUUUUAGGUUCUAAUAAUGUGUUUAAUAUUUUAAUUAUUUGUAAGGGAAACAUGUUUAAAACACUCAAUUGAAAUGUUGACCUAUCAGACGCAAGAUGUCUAUAAAUGUUUGGGACUGUUGAUUUCCUCGGACAUCUGUUCUCAGGUGUAAUAAUGAGAGAACGGGUCAUUUUAAUGAAUGACGUUUUAAUGUAAAAUGAUGAAUGUGGAUCGUGAAUGAAUAUUCCUGUUGAACAGACGGUUUGUAUGCAGGUCAUCGUUAUGAGUUCAUUAUGUUCAGUGCUCCAUAUCAUUCAAUUCAAAUGUCAUACAGACUGAACUGAAUUUUAAAUUUGUAAACUGUUCAUUCUGAGUCUUAACAAGUAAACCACUGAAUACACACACACA